AUGGCCAAAAAGUGCUCUCUGUUGAUGCUAGCAUUUGUUCUCUAUCUGAUUCACUGCCGAUCAACAAUUGCACAAGUGCAAAACAACAUCAGUGCCAUUGAUCUUGAAGCAUUGCACCAGAUCAAGAACACCCUCAUUGACAUUCGCACCACCACUUCUCUACACUUCUUCUCAAGCUGGGACUUCGACUCGGGUGACCCUUGCUUAUCCUUCGCUGGAGUCACCUGUUCAUCUUCUGAACAACCAAGACGAGUCGAGUCACUUGUCCUAGGUACUGGCCUAUCUGAUUCACCAGGACUGGCUGGAACACUGUCUCCCUUUAUUGCCAACCUUACCGAGUUGAGCCAGCUCGUUCUGUUUGCUGGCAUUGUUACAGGGACCAUACCUUCCCAACUUGGCUCCCUAAGGAAGUUAAGAGUCCUCUCACUCACUAACAAUCACUUAACCGGCACAAUCCCGGCAUCCAUUUUCGCUCUGCCGGAUCUCCACACAGUGGACUUCAGCCACAACUAUCUCUCAGGAACAAUCCCGCCCACCAUAUCCGCAUCAACUCAGUUGAAAGUUCUAUUGCUGGCCGACAACAAGAUUUCUGGACAGCUGCCCCGUGGAUUUCCGCAGCAACUCCUGCACUUGGAUUUCAGUCAGAAUAACAUCUCCAGCAUGCUGCCGCCAAGGAUGCCGGCGUCACUUCGCUACCUGUCGGCAUCUCAGAACCGCAUGUGGGGCCCCCUCAACUGCCUGGAAUCAAUCCCAGAAUUAGUAUACCUUGACUUAAGCAUGAACAACUUCAGUGGGGGCCUCCCCACCUCCCUCUUCCAGCCUAAGCUCACUUCAAUGCUGCUCCAACGAAAUAAUUUAUCAGGUGGGCUCCCUCCAUUGUCACCAUACCCCUAUGGACCAGGUUCCAUUAUAGAUCUUAGUCACAACUUUUUGACAGGUGAAAUAACUGGGGUUCUAGUAGGAGUUGAGUCUCUCUUUCUGAACAAUAAUCAGUUAACAGGAACAGUGCCCAAGGAAUACUUUGGGAGUUUGAGCGCAGGCAAAACAAAAACGCUGUACUUGCAACAUAACUACAUUACUGGGUUCCAGACCGCGGCCGGGUCAUCAUGGCCGCCGUGGGACUCGGUUGCAGUGUGCUUAUCAUAUAACUGUAUGGAGGUACCUGUAGUAGUGGGGAAAAUGGCGUGCCCGAGCAGCAUAGGAGAGCAGAUUUCACGGCCUGCUUACCAGUGCUCUGCAUUUCAUAAUAGGAACACCACCUCUAAGGAGAAAGAGGACUACAUCAAUUGA